GUUGUGCUCUUUUGGGGCCGUCGCCCCUACAUUGAACCGUGUUUCCAGGAGUCGGACGAUUUCGAAAAGAUGAAACACCAACGUAGGUGGUUCACGCUUCUUUUAGCAUUACUAGCGUUCGGGUGGUGGCGCCCAACCGAUGCGUACCAGGUUCUGGGCCUGUUCCCUCACCCGGGGCUAAGCCACUUCAAAGUGUUCCACCCGAUAAUGCGAGGCCUAGCGGAAGCCGGUCAUCAUGUUACGGUCGUGAGCUACUUCCCGGACCACGAUCCGCUCCCCAACUAUCAAGACUUCCGAUUCGAGGGACAGGACAUACUGACGAACGCCUUCAGUCUGCAGGACUUCACGGGGCGCACGUUGUGGGACAAUUUUAAGGAGUUUUCCGAACUGGCCGCCUGGGGUGCGGCCAGUUGUAAGGCGGCGCUCGGCUCGGGCGCGAUCGAUGAGGUGCUUCGAAUUCACCGGGCCACUCCGUACGAUCUGGUGGUGAUGGAAAUGUUCGCCACCGACUGCCUGGCGGGCAUGGCCUGGCUGAUGCGUGUGCCCUUCGUAGGGCUGAGCAGUUGUGCUCUGAUGCCGUGGCACUACGAUCAUGUCGGUCUGCCGGACACACCGGCGUACAUUCCAUCGGAGUUCAGUAGCUUCUCGGAAGCCAUGUCACUGGCGGAACGGACAGAGAACUGGUUCGUGACCAAACUGGCGCAGCUGGCGUACGGUGUAAUCAUGGAAUCGAACGACAACCGGGCACUGAACGAAAAGUUCCCCCACACGGCCCUGCCGGACGUGCGGCAGAUCGUACGCAACGUGAGCCUUAUCUUGGUCAAUCAACACUACACGCUCAGCGGUGCCCGGCCACUGGUGCCCGCGGUGGUCGAAGUUGGCGGAGUGCACAUCGGGAGCGCGCGGCCACUGCCAAGCGGGCUGCAAACGCUUCUGGACGACUCAACGGGCGGCGUGAUAGUGGUAUCGUUCGGAUCCGUCCUGAAAGCAGCCACCCUGCCGGCCCGCAAGCGUCAGGCCAUGCUAGAGGCGUUCAAGGGGACCAACAUGAGUGUGCUGUGGAAAUGGGAAACGGAACUGGAGGAUGGGCCGGCGAAUGUGUUCACCCAAGCGUGGCUCCCGCAACGGGAUGUCCUGGCGCACCGGAACGUACGACUGUUCGUGUCCCACGGUGGUCUGCUGGGCGUAUCGGAAGCGGUACACUGUGGCGUCCCGAUCGUGGCGAUGCCGAUCUACGGCGAUCAGUUUCUCAACACCGCUGCACUGGUCAACCGUGGCCUGGGAGUACGGAUGGAGUAUGCACGGAUUGACGACAGUUCCUACGUUAAGCGGUGCAUCGACGAAGGUUUAAACGGGGAGAAACUAGUGCGCGCCCGGGCCGUUUCCAAGGCGUAUCGCCAUCGUCCUCAGACACCGCUAGCGCUGGCCCUUUGGUCCCUGGAGAACGUUAUCGCCCACGGCGGCAUGCAACUGGAGCGAUCGUACGGAGCCGACCUGCCGUGGUUCGUGUAUCAUUCGCUGGACGUGAUGGGCAUUUUCGUCACCACACUUCUGGCCAUCAUUGUGCCAUCCGUGUGGUGCGUUUGUAAGACGUUCAGAACCCAACCAAUCUCUUAGCUAAAUAAACGCUGCUUUAACUGCUGGACGG